ACUGUCACCACUGUAUCUAGCAUUACCGGAUUAGGCCCAAACCCUACCCGAUUCAUUUCGACCUCCAUCCACAAUCUAAAAUACAAUUACCUCCCCGUCGCUCAGAAGACUCCGAUUUUCCGAAACAUCGAUCUCUCCUUCUCUCUCGUGACAGAUUCUCUCCGCUAUCAGCUUCUUAAUCUCACAAGAUGUCAGAAACCCCUUUUCGCCCACGGGAGAAGCUGUUUGAGAAGCAGAGAUAUUUCCAAAGCAUUCAGAAACAUACUUAUCUGAAAGGACCUUUUGAUAAGGUCACCUCUGUUGCCAUUCCUGUAGCUUUGGCAGGGAGCGCAAUAUUCCUUAUUGGACGAGGGAUCUAUAAUAUGACUCAUGGGAUUGGGAAGAAAGAAUGAGGAGGCAUCUUGUUGUAUUGAUGGGCAUCAAGUUGAUUUCUGCUCAUAUUUUAAAGGACUAUUUGGUCUUGGAAGUGGACUAGAUGUGUUUGAAUAAUUUUUUUUUUUUUGGGUUUAGUGCCUCUAAUAAUUGCAUAGUUGCAGACUUCUAGCUACGAAUGGAAGUUGACACUUCACAGUUGAUGGCUUUAUUUUCCAAGUCUUUAAUGCUGCAAAAUUAAAUCGCAAGAUUGAUGCACUUUGUGAGAUCCUUUUUCAAUUGAAGUAUUUUGCUUGGCAUUCUGGA